AGAAGGCUUGCUCCUUCAGACACUUGCCGGAUGAACCGCUGCCGAAGGGCGAGGCACGGAACGAGCCCAGGAUCGUCGUGGCGCACUUUGCCCGGUUUGUGGUGGGGCGCUGGCAGGCGUUCCUGCUGUCUGGGAGGGGCGCGGAGGCCGUGCAGGGUGCCUUGGCAGCGCAGGCGGAGGCCACUUUCCAGAGCGAGAAGAAGCUGCGCGAGACGAUCAAGGCACUGAAGCCCCUGAUGCGCAUGCUUCGGUACGGCACCGUCCAGGAAGGUGUCCUGAAGCACCUCGUGAGCCUGGCAGGGCUCGCGGCGGGCCGCAGGUACAAAGAGUGCGGCGAGGUCUACAUGCAGCUGACCAUGGGCCAGAAGAAGUGGCACGCGUCACACCCCUUGGCCAAGUGGCAGCAGAACCAUGGUGGAUCCAUACGGAAGAUCAUCAAACCGUCAGAGCAGCUGGAGUACGACAAGGACCCGGUGACGAACGCGUACAUCCGCGCCUUCAAGAGGCUGGUGCAGUGCGCCCAGCUGCUCUUUCCGCCCGCCGACCUCAGCCAGAUGCUCUGACGCGGGCG